AUAUAAAAACACACUCCUCCUCUUACCCUCACUGUAGACUGGUAUGUGAGAUCGGUGAAGGUUUUACAGCUCCGUCUUUCACUCCUGUUUAUUCACUAGUACAGAAAAUGAAGAUAUGGACUUUCAUGCUUCUCCUCACACUGUGUGCAGUUGCAGUGUCGGCCUACAGCAAGAUCAGGCAGAAGAGAACAUGGAUCAUUGACUCCUUCACGAUAGAGGAAGAAAGUCCUGGCCCUUUCCCAUACGUACUCGGCACUAUUCAUAUAGAGAAAAAAUAUUUAGUAAAUUUUCAACUCAGCGGCAGUGGUGUUGAUAUGGAACCCACAGGCGUGCUGAGUAUCGACAGUAAAACCGGUGAGGUCCUCGUGCAUAAAAAAAUCGACUUUGAGGCCUUUCAAGUCCUCAAGCUAAAGUUUGAAGCAAAGAAUGUCUCAAAUGACAAAGUGGACACGAGGCUCGGCGUUGAGGUCAAGGUCCAGGAUAUUAAUGACCAUGCACCGGUUUUUAAACCUCCUAGCUAUAAAAAAGAUAUCAAUGAAUCUGAAACUCAAGGUAAAUUGAUUCUGACGGUCUUUGCGUCAGAUGAUGACGACGCAUCCACCAACAAUGGCACCUUCGAAAUCAGACUUGUCUCAGUCACCCCAAAAACAGAUAAUGUUGAAUUUUAUAUAAAACAGAAUGAUGACACAGGAAGUAUUUAUUUCAAAGGCUGUUUGGACUAUGAGAAAGCCCAGAAAUAUACCCUCCUGGUUGAAGCGAAAGACAAAGGAGACAAAGUGCAGUUGUCCAGCACAAGCACAGUGGACGUGAACAUCGUCGACCAAAAUAAUCACCUCCCUGAAUUCACUGGUCACACAGGUCCUGGAAAAAUAAAAGAACGAGAGAGUGAAGUGGAAGUUCUACGUGUACAGAUAAAAGACAAAGACACGGAAGGUUCACCAGCCUGGAAAGCUAAAUUCACUCUUCACGGAGAUCCGGACAACUAUUUUAAAAUCCAGACGGAUCCCAAAACUAAUGAAGGAAUUUUGACUGUUAUCAAGGCGAUGGAUUACGAGCAGCAAACUUCAAGAAACGUGUCAAUCAGUGUGGAAAAUGAGGUGCCCUACUUCUCCUGUAAAGUGAAAAAUCCUACUUCGAACGGUUUAUGGGAUGUAGAGAUUUUAACUGAAAAGUCCAGCAUAAUUAAAGCUAAAGCUUCUCAGCUUUAUAACGCCACUAUCGCCGUCGAGGACAUCAACGACCCGCCAGAAUUUGUACCACCUGUUAAAGAAAAAAUGAUCAUGGAGAAUGCAAAAGUUGGAACCUAUUUGGUAACCCUUACAGCCAGAGACACAGAUAGUUCAUUCGCCAGCUCAUUUUACUUUGUUAAAGGAGAAGAUAAAGCUAACUGGGUGAAUGUAGAUUCAAAGACUGGGCAGGUUACUACAGCCAAAGUUCUGGACAGAGAAUCACCAUUUGUGGAAAACAAUGCCUACAAUGUCACUGUGUAUGUUGUAGACAAUGCUGAACCUCCACUGACCGGUACAGGGAUGGUGGUCAUCUAUCUAGUAGAUCAGAAUGAUAAUGUGCCGCUGUUGCAGAAGGCCAGUGAAAACGUAUAUGUGUGUUUAUCAGACGAGGAAACUAUGACUAACAUCACUGCUGAAGAUCUGGAUCUUCCACCAUACAGUGAACCAUACCACUAUGAGCUCCUGGGAGAUGUCAAGGGAAAUUGGAGAAUCGAACCUAACCCUGGAACGACUGUAAACCUUAUCCGAGAGAAGAGCGUACUUUCAGGACGUUAUAUGCUUUCGAUCCAAAUAUUAGACAACCAAGGCAUUGGUUCGGUCCAAAACGUGUCCGUCACUGUGUGUGACUGCAGCAUCACACCAAACUGCCAUGUUCAGAGAUCCGUGUCUGCACAACCGAGUCUUAGUGCCAUUGGGAUCAUAAUGUUCGCUUUCUUGUUACUGCUAGUGUUUCUUCUAAUGGCUCUUUUGCUAUCGUGCAAACCACAGAACGCUAUGAUCCCAAGUGAUGAUGCUCCUGACUGGUAUCUUAUUAACUCCAACAUUGAGACACCUGGAACAGACUGCAAGUUGCCAUCUAAAAUGUUACAAAUGGAUAUGAGUGAGAACAACCUGAAGACAUCCAAUCCAGUUGAAGCUCAAAAUGGGAUUUCCAGUAAGGAUUUACCGUUUCACAACGGCUUUGAAUCAUCCAGUGAACAACAAAUCAUUAGGAGAUCUCUCCGACGGAGUUCGACAAGACGUUCUUACAGACAGAUCAUCAAUUACGACGCGAUGCAAUCGAUGAGCAGAAAAUAUUCUACUUACCACUUAAAUGACCUUCAUAUGAGAGAAGCAUUGUUGACCCAGCUCGAUCAUAGCCUCCUUCAACUCCAGAACCCACAAGAGGAGCUUGGUGAUUAUAAACCACGCUGCUAUGCAGAAGAAGGAGAACUCGAGGAAGACCAUAGACUUGAGACCCUCUCCAUUCCUGAGACAGAUUUCGAUCUAGACAUCUUUACAUAUUCAGAUAUCCAAUUCAACAAAUUGGCAUCUGUGUGCAGGCCGGAUCUAAUGUCAUAGGAUGAGAAAACACCGAAACAUUAAUAAUCAUUAAAUAUUUUAGCUCGCUCUUUGUGAGACGCUUAAGGUUAGUGUUGUAAGUUUGAAAGGCACUGACAUAUGUAGGUUAUUCUGAAUUAGCAUACCUACCUCAUGGAUGGAUGGAUGGAUGGAAAGAAGGGCACAUGUUUGACCGGUUUGCUUCCACUUCCUACAAACUUGCAUAUAUUUGAACUGGCUACUCAACAUCGCUCCUAGGUUUUGUUUUAUACUGUAUGAGUGUGGGUACAGUAUGUGUGUGUGAACUAACAUCCAACCCAGGACUGAGACCCUGGUUAGGUUAAGGCACUUACUCAAGAUAAAAGAAUGAUGGGAACAAUAUUUUUUAAAGAAAACUACAUUGGUUGCAGCUAUAAUUGGGUUGUAUUGUAUCUUAAGUUCUGUGUUAGUAGUUGGUGGAAGAUUUUUUUUAACUCAAAGUACUUCUACUUUUAUUUGAUAACUCAAAGUACUUAUAAUUUUAUGAUAAUUAAACAUAUUAAGGGUGUAAUGCAAUACCACUAAUGGUACCUGUAUAGUGAUGUAAAUAUCUGCAUCUGUAUUCAGAUUUGAACCGCUGCCAGAACUUUGUAGCUGGUACACAGUGGUGCUGGGAGUCAGAACGGUGUACUUUAAGCAGUAUUCAUUAAAAUGUCCACUUACUGUA